UACAUUUGAAACCGCUGCUUAUUAUAGAGCGAGAAAACGAGAGCAAUAGCAUAGUAUAGCGCGCCAGCUCUAGAGAGAGAAACACACACAAAGAGACAACAGCAAUGGAGUGAACAGAGAGAGAGAAAUUGAAAAUUCUCUUCUAAAUUUUUUUUGUACUUCUCUCUCUGUAUUUUUUUCAUCAUUGUUCAUCACAUUUGGCGUGAUUAACUGCUAUUUUCGAUUUGAAUUUCGAAUUUCAGUGAAACUAUGAGUCGUUUAGGGUUCAAAUCCCUGGUGUUUCAAGGAGAAACGUGUUUGGGAGAGCUGGAUACCAUACCUGUGAAGGAUCAGAACUUCCAAUUCCCAAACAACGAGAUACGGAUUGAUCAUAUCUCUACAAAUAGUGAGCGAGUUCAUCCUAUUGCUGUUUUGAGAACGAUUUCAUCACCUGUUCGUUGUAAGCUUGAACCGAACUCGAAUUCAGCGCCAACUGGUUCCGAGAAGUCUCCGUUGAUAACUCUUCAUUCCUCGUGCUACUAUGACCUCAAGACUGCAGUGGUCUUUCUGGGGGAAGAAGAAAUACAUUUGGUAGCAAUGGCGAGUAAGCAGAAAAAGUUCCCCUGUUUUUGGUGCUAUUCAGUGCCCGUUGGUCUGUAUAGUGCUUGUUUGCAGAUGUUGAAUAUGAGGUGUCUAUCAAUUGUUUUUGAUCUGGAUGAGACUUUAAUUGUUGCAAAUACAAUGAAGUCAUUUGAUGAUAGAAUUGAGGCUUUGCGGGGUUGGUUAGCACGAGAGAUGGAUCCAAUUCGGUCGUCUGGAAUGUCCGCUGAGCUGAGGAGGUAUAUGGAGGAUCGUGCACUGCUGAAGCAGUAUUUAGAGAGUGAUUCUGUUGUUGACUGUGGGAUUGUAUAUAGAGCUCAGAAAGAGGAGGUGCUACCAUUAUCUGAAGGGCAGGAGGGUGUAGUUCGGCCAGUCAUAAGGUUGGGGGAUAAGAAUGUGGUCCUUACACGGAUUAAUCCAGAGAAUCGGGAUACCAGUGUGCUUGUUAGAUUACGUCCUGCGUGGGAGGAGUUGAGAACUUAUUUGACGGCGAAAGGUCGGAAAAGAUUUGAAGUAUAUGUUUGCACCAUGGCAGAGAGAGAUUAUGCCUUGGAGAUUUGGAGGCUACUCGACCCAGGGUCACACCUCAUUAAUGCCAAUCAAUUGAUGGACCGUGUUGUAUGUGUUAGAUCAGGGGCCAAGAAGUCUUUACUUACUGUCUUCCGAAAUGGCAUUUGUCAUCCAAAAUUGGCAAUGGUUAUUGAUGACCGACUCAAAGUGUGGGAUGAUAAAGAUCAACCUCGUGUUCAUGUUGUCCCUGCUUUCGCUCCGUAUUAUGCUCCACUAGCAGAGAUGGCCAAUGCAGUACCGGUCCUGUGUGUGGCAAGAAAUGUUGCUUGUGAUGUUAGAGCUCGUUUCUUUAAAGAGUUUGAUGAAGGCCUACUCAGAAAGAUCUGUGAGAUUUUCUAUGAAGAUGAGGCUGUAAAUUUACCUUCUGCGCCUGAUGUUAGCAACUACUUAAUGUCCGAGGAUGCUGGUUUUGCGUCAUGUGGGAUUCCUGCUCCUAUUCCUGAGGGAAUGUACGGGCCUGAAGUUACACAAAGGUUGAAUCAACAGGAGGGAAAAGUUAAUAUGAACUCUGCUCCUGUUUUCAUGAGUAACAAUCCUGAUAUGAAGCCAGGAAGCUCCCAGCUUAUGGUUGGAAUUGCUGCAAAUGCACCUGCUCAAUCAGUGAGACCAAUUCAACCUUCAGAAAAACCAAGUUUGCUGGGAGCUCCAUUUAGACGAGAUAACAGCUUUUCUGAAGCUGAUGGUGAUGGGAAGAGAAGGCACCCCAUAUUGAAUCCUAGCCAGGACAUGAGGUAUCGUGGUUCAGCAGAACCUCCUUUAUUACCUAGAGUGCCUCAGAAACCACCCAUACUGCCCAUACCACCACUUGGUGGAUGGUUGGUGGAAGAUGACCUAAAUAAAGGACACAUGGGUGGUCGAUCACCUGGAAUUUUUCAAGAAUCUGAUGCAUCAAGGUACGCUAAACAGAGAGGUCAUCAGAAUUUUCUGAGUCAAGGUGCAACAAACAUGAUGUUACCAUCAUAUGCAUCUGCAGGGAAGAACGGGGAGGUAAAUUUCAGGCAUGAAAUGCAUAGACUUAUUCAUCAGACAGAGGGUAGAUUCUCUCAACAUCAGUCGUUAUUUAACAACAGAGAAUCUCAACUAGAAGCUGGGAGAAUGAACAUCUUGCCAUCUUUAGCUACUGGAGUGCUGCAAGAAAUUGGACGGCUAUGCAACUCAAAGGUUGAGUUCAGGCCUGUGGUGAGCACCAGUGAGGAAUUGCAAUUUUCAGUUGAGGUCUUCUUUAUCGGUGAGAGAGUUGGUGUUGGGAUGGGUAAGACUAGGAAGGAUGCUCAGCAACAGGCAGCUGAGAAUGCACUUCGGAACAUGGCUGGUAAUUACGUCUCAUACAUUACAUCUCACCCUCUAGCAGUGGAUAAAGACUUUGAUAAGAUUUCGGUGGAAAAUGAAAAUGGGUUCUUGUGGGACACUGUCAAUCACGUGGAUGAACCUUCAGUCGACGAUAGAUUACCUCAAGUAAAUGUUUCAGAGGUGGGAGUUAAUGUUGAUGCUUCUCAUGACCGAUCACUUAAUUCUUUGAAAACAUGACUGGUGUUUGGUAAAGGGGGUGGGAGGGUGUGCACUGAAGCAAAUCUCGGAGAUGAUGGGUUGAGAUCAUAUGGGUUUUUACCCCUCCUUCCUUGAAUUGUGUUGUAUCAGAGUCGGGAGCAAACCAGAAAAUUGUGAAGCUUGUUUGCCCAGUUGUUCAUCUGGCUAUGUAGGCCAUUCUUGAUGCUUCUUAUUUUGGAGGUAUAAUGGUGGUUUUUAGUUGUAAUUCCACCCCUCGUCUUUCCCAUCAGAAUUUUUGUUCUCAAGUAACUUGUGCCUGAGUGCUUUGUGGUCCUUUUCUCUUUUGGUUCUAAAAUAUGGUCUACUCGUAACUGGAACGCUAUAUCUUCCUGUAGCUUCUGGAUGAGUAGUGUUUGACCAUUUCCUACUCUUCCUCAGAUGCACCUUGCUUCUGGCUCUCAUUGAGAUAUCCUGAAUUGAUGUUUUUGUGGUGCAAUGAAUGAAUGGGGGAUGAGAGCCCAGGUAAUAUUAGGGCUAUUGUAUAUGAUGUUUAUCAUAAGCCAAGCUCCCCAAUUCCCUAAUGUUAGUUUCUGCACUGGUAAUGAACUGAGCCAGUUCUGGAAUGAAGACUUGUUGUUCGUUUGGUAAAUACCAACUUUAGUCAUCUCUUGUUGUAUACAAGACUGUAAAUGUCCAAUCCGAAUAAUGUCAAGACAAGGAGGGCUAUAUAUUGCCACCUGAGUCAUUAUAUAUUCGGAUGUCCUGCAGCAGUAACAAUUUGGUGGCGGAACAGUCGUUCCAAUUGGCUACUUUUCAUGAUUUUCUCUGAUAUGUUAUGGAGAAAUUGAAUUGUCUUCCGUUUACUCAUUGGAGAAGUAAUUCAUACAAUUUUUUAUCAAGGGCUUUUUGGUGCCCUCAUUUCUGCCAUACUUUGUAACUAGUAUUUAUUUCCUUGCAGUUUAAUUUUUUAUACAAAGGCUUUUUAUUGCCUUUAUAAUAGCAAA